AUGGCUACUUACCAGAGUGUACAUGGAAGCUCCAUCAGCGCCAGCCUCACCUGCUGCCCCAUCAGCGCCAGCCUCACCUGCUGCCCCAUCAGCGCCAGCCUCACCUGCAGCCCCAUCAGUGCCAGCCUCACCUGCUACCCCAUCAGCUCCAUCAGCACCAGCCUCACCUGCUGCCCCAUCAGCUCCAUCAGCGCCAGCCCCACCUGCUGCCCCAUCGGCUCCAUCAGUGCCAGCCUCACCUGCUACCCCAUCAGCUCCAUCAGCGCAAGCCUCACCUGCUACCCCAUCAGCUCCAUCAGCGCAAGCCUCACCUGCUACCCCAUCAGCUCCAGCCUCACCUACUACCCCAUCAGCGCCAGCCUCACCGGCUCCAUCAGUGCCAGCCUCACCGGCUCCAUCAGUGCCAGCCUCACCUGCUGCCUCAUCGGCCCUAUCAGCGCCAGCCUCACCUGCUACUCCAUCAGCGCAAGCCUCACCUGCUGCCCCAUCAGUGCCAACCUCACCUGCUCCAAUAAAUACUCUCACUCUAACUGA